AUGAAGGAUAUGGAUAUGUCAGGGUCAUGGUCCGGGUCAGGGAGCCAUAUCCCCUGGCUUACCUAUCCGCUAAAGCUUCAUUCGUCUCGUGUGGAAACGUGCGAGCUGACUCCAGAGCAAUGCGCCUAUCGCACCCUUGGUUGGAUUAAUGCUUAUAGAAAACUUUUUGCCAGGUACCAAGCCGAUCACGUAUAUGCAUUAAACACUGUUUAUUUUUGCUGUGCUGUGAUUGGAGUAUUUGCUCUGUCCAAUUUAAUCGUUAAAUUUGCUCCAGAAUGGGUCAAACGAACUCGGUUUUGGCGUACCAUAACCUCCUUCUCACGUUAUGUAACAUAUCGCGGCUACAGCUUCUCAGUAUUGCGGUACUGGUCUCCUUCAUUGGGCGUUUUGAUACUGGGUAUUCUGGGCGCGAUAUAUUUCUUUGGUGAGUCGAUUGUGCAGGGCAUACUAGGUACAGGCUCGGAGAACUUACUUGAAGCAGCAAUGACUCUUGGUCCAAAACCUUACUACUGGCCCACUGAUGCCAGUUAUGGAGGCAGUCCCCCUAUCGCAACUCGGGCGGGAUGGAUGGCUCUUGCGCUGCUACCUUUUGUUCUAGCCUUGAGUGCCAAAGCCAACAUGAUAUCUGCAUUGACUGGAGUUUUUCAUCAUUGGACCAGCUACGCAAUGUUUGCGCUCGCACUAAUACACACCUUUCCUUUUAUCAUUUACAACAUCAAUCACGGCGAUAUGGUAAAGGAAUGGAAGACAAGUCUGGUAUACUGGACUGGUAUCGGCACAAUUAUUCCGCAGGCAUACCUGACCAUCAUGUCUCUACCUUUCAUUCGGGACUACUUCAUCGCUACCGGUGCUAUCUAUCUUCUAUGCCUCUUCACUGCUCAGGUCCGCACCUUCUUGAUGCAUGGUAUAAACACUGCCAAAAUUGAAAUGCUCCCAAGUGGUCUUCUCCGCGUCGCUGUGCCAACAACAAUCACAUGGACACCUGGACAACAUGUCUUUAUUCGAUUUCUCACAUCAGACCUGCACCUGCUAACCGCCCAUCCUUUCACCAUCUCUUCUGUUUAUCAGGACCCCGAUCAGACUGGGAAAUUUUCCGAGCUUAUCUUCUACAUCAAGCCCUGUGGUGGUGUUACAGCUCGUCUGGCAGCUAUAGCGACUAAAAUGCCUGGAUGCUCGAAGAAUAUCCUCAUUGAGGGUCCAUACGGUGGCGUAGGCGCAAAUUGCAUGACUAAAUUCGACACGUUAAUCGUCAUUGCUGGCGGGUCUGGGGGCGGGUUUUCUUUGGCAAUGGUUGAUGAAGCACUUCGAAUAUCCAGUCUAGAGAAGGACAAUACCAAGCCGGCACAUGGCGGACGUCGACAUCUACAGGUUGUCUUCUCGACUCGUGACCAUGCUAUGGCAGGCUGGUAUGUCGAAGAAAUAGAAUCUAGACUGUCACACUCUACCACUCUAUCUUCUGAUGGGAAUGGUUUUGAAACUUCCGUGUCAGUGCAUGUUACUUCAACGCUCGAACCUUUGGGUCUGGGUAAGGAUGGUGAGAUUGGCAAAGUUCCUCCGACAGAGAUCACCACCACGGGAUUAUUCAGCCUUGAUGUGCACCGCAAUGUCCGUCCCGAUAUCCCAGGUAUUGUGGAACGUACUGUUGCUAUGGUGCGAGCUGAGACGGCCUCGGGUGAGAAGAAGAAGCGCAUAGGUGUCUUUGUGUGUGGGCCUGCAUCUAUGCUACAUGAUACCCGUAAUGCGGCGGCUAUUGCCCAGACACGGACAUUGAACGGUGAAAUUGAGGAGUUAUAUCUGCACUCAGAGCCCUUUGCGUAA